AUGGAUCUCGAUGACAGGCCGAAACUCUCAGUCGAAGCUGAGAAAGAGGUGACUAGGUUAUGGCGAACGUGGCGGACAGUGUUAGAGAUGCUCGUCGACAGAGGCUACGCAAUCGCAGAAAACGAGUUGAAAAUCUCGCGCGACGAGUUUCAGCGCAAGUUUGGCGACCCUCAAAGCGGCCAUGCGGAGCGGAGGCUCAUGAAACUGCAAGCCGUACCCACCGAAGAGAUGAUCAAACGCGAUACACCCCGGGCCACCAAACUCAUCCCCAAUCCGCAAACCACAGCCGGCACGAUCUGGGUCGAAUUCAGCCCGGAAACCACCAUCGGCAUCAAGCAUCUUCGCGCUUUUGCCCAACACCUCGACGCGAACAAGUUCACCACAGGGAUCUUCAUCACCAUUGGCCCGGUGACUGCUGCUGCUUUGCGCGCCUUCGAGCCGCUUGCCGAACGAGGGAUCACCGCCGAGUGGUUCCAAGAGCAGGAUCUCCUCGUCAACAUCACGCGGCAUGAACUAGUACCUAAACAUGUGCUCCUGAGCGCAGAAGAGAAGAAAGUGUUGCUGGACAGAUACCGACUGAAGGAGACGCAGUUGCCCCGCAUCCAGUUUAGUGACCCCGUGGCUAAGUAUUUGGGCUUGAAGAGAGGCAAUGUGGUCAAAAUCAUCAGAAAAAGUGAGACUGCGGGAAGGUAUGCUAGUUACCGGUGGGUGUUCUAG